CGCGGAGUGGGUAGCACGGCAGCGUGGCAGAGCGGCGGGUCGCUUUAGGCCGAGGCCGUGAGGAGGGGUGGUUCGAUUCGGCUCCGUUUCGCUCGGUACCGCAGCCUUUCACCGCUAUGGAAGCAGAGGAUGACUUGGAUGAUCCAGAGAGAUUAAUACAGUGUCCAUAUGACAAGCAGCAUCAAAUCAGAGCCUGUCGAUUUCCCUAUCAUCUUGUAAAGUGCAGGAGGAGCCACCCAGAAGUUGCAAAGUUAUUGGCCACAUGCCCGUUCAAUGCUCGCCAUCUAGUUCCUCAAGCCGACCUCGCUGAUCACAUAUCGAAGUGCAGGGACAAAGUGUUCAUUGAGUAUGAUAUAGCAUGUUGUUCCUCUGGCUUACAAAGAGAUGAGGUGAAUGCUGUAAGCACAUGGCAGGCGCCUCCAUGUGAUGAAGACUGGGAAACAGAGUUGCUAGAGCAGCCAAAUUCCCCUUUUGUUUGGGGCAUGACCAACUCUGGCAUGAACAGUUGCAGUGUCACCUCUGGACAGAAGAAUUACCUUCCUUCAAGUGUACGUGCUCCUGAGUCCUUCCCAUAUACUGCAUCAUGGAAAGAAUAAAACAUCAUGAUCGUGUCAUUGCAUCUUCAAGCCAUAAGCUGUCACUUCGUCAUGUGGGUGCAUGGUGCUUCAAUUCAUACAGUAAUGGAAAAUCCUCCGUGAACCCCUUACAACAUGCAAUUAUAAUAUGCAACCCUUACAGCGUGCAAUUAUGCAGUCCUUACAAUAUGCACGUACACAGCUGAAAUCUAGGCUUAAGUACUUGUCAAGUUUCCAUUGGGGUUUUGCAGUUCUUAUUUAGAGAAAAGUUUUCUAAUGCUUACAGCAUGUUUGAAAGCUCUAAUGUAACAGUUCUUUCCUUUUAAUUCACUAUCAGUACAUCUGGGACUGUGGAAUUGUUUGGAUUAAACAAUAUGUUUCUAAAAAAUGAAUGCAAAGUGCAAAAUAAGACCUAAAUUACAAGCACAGAAAAGUAAGAAACAACACAAGGUAUUUGCCUAGAAUAAAGUUAAUGUCACUGAUGUUUUGAAAAAGUUGAUCCUCAAAAAUACUGACUUCUUACCAUUAGCAUUACUGCCAGUGUAAAAUAAUGUAUGUUGUCUAGCAUAAUGUGCAAAAUUAGGAUUGCUUCUGUUAAUACUCUUGUUGUUCAGAAUGAUAGUUCAUAAUAAAAAGAUUUUGAAUCGCA